AUGCGAGAAGCUCUGACCACACAUGGCUAUUUUUACUCCAGCAAUGUUGACUGCCUGCCUCAGUCAUACAUUGAAACAGUUUACUCAUAUGCAGAGCAGCUGCAUGCCCUGCCCGCAGAGCAAAAGAGACGGUGCGCUCGACCAAAGGGGACUUAUUCCGGCUCUGAUGUUGGAGUCGAUGAGCUCGCGUACGAAGCUGGGAGCACGGCGAGCGUCCGUGCUUGGGACUACAGCAGAACACGUUUUCCAACGAGUGGACACCACUACCCAGAUGUCACAUGUUCUCAGACUGGAAUGAACUUUUCUCAAUUCCUAGACGACCUCUAUGAGCGCCAGGAUUUGUUGGGAAAGGCACUGAUGACCAGCUUUGCCGAGAUGCUGGACUUACCUCCAGACACCUUCAGGCAGUUCUUUGAAGGUCAGGAUAUGGGCACCAUUCGCUUGCUGCGAUAUCCCCCUGCAGAGACUCCAGAGGAAGCCGCCAGGCGGCAGGUGGCAAGCUAUGGCAUCAGCCCUCAUACCGACUUCGAGGCCUUCACGUUGAUGCAUCAAAAUGCACCGGGGCUUCAGUUCCUGAAACCGGGGGGACGUACCUGGCUGGAUGCUCCUGUGAAAAAGGAGGAGUUCGUGGUGAUUGUUGGAGAUGUACUGGAACGCUUCACCAAUGGAGUCCUGCGUGCAACUCCACAUAGAGUCCUACAGACUUCCUGGGAGCGCUUUUCCAUCAUCCGCUUCAAUGCCAUGCGUCCAGAAACUCUGGUCCAACCUCUUCCAUGCUUCAUCUCGGAGUCCCGCCCAGCACGCUAUACGCCGGUCACCAUGCAAAAGCACAUGGACACGACCAUAAAGCGAUUGGAAGAGGGCCUUGGUGCUUGGCACAAGGACCAGAACUCCAACCGCGACCGUUCCUUGAGCAAAGUUGACUGGAACAAAACAGGUAGAGAUUUCUUAAUCUUCGCUGCCAUUUGGCUGGAGGUGCAGCGGUUACAGAGAGGGCAGGAGAUUGACAUCGAUGGUCACUUAGAAGAAGAUGCCUGGGCAGAGGUGCCCUGGCUGGAGAAUUUCCUGGAUCUCGCCGGGCCUCGUUUUCACGGCUGGGAAGAAGCCUCUCGAGACUAUGCAAGGCGCUUCACCGGGUCAUCCAAUCCCACCCGGGUCAAGCUGCGCUGGGACGACCACUUCCUCUAUGUCGGAGCGGAGCUCCGGUCCAGGUCAGUGGCUGCUAGUGUUACUGGCCAUUGCAAUGACCUACACAGUUCUGUUUGGCCAAGCCCAGUGUUGCCAUACUUUGAUGAUGACUUCGAGGUGUUCAUCGAUGCGUCUCAAAGCAACUACUUCUACGUUGAAUUUGAGAUGAAUGCGAGGAAUGCCAGCUACGCCACUCUUUGGUCACAACCACAAGCUGGAUUAGGCUCUGUUGCACCAGAAUGUGGUAGACCUGGCAGUGGAUUGCAAGGAGUAUGUUGCAACACCACUUGGAACGGAGGAAAGAGCCUUUGCGAUCACGAUGUAGAAAGAGAAGGCGAAGGUUGGACCAUGGAGAUGUUUGCGCCCAGCUUGCGACCUGGGAAUGGGAUGCUCUCAGCGACGAGCAACACCUCGGAGAUGUGGAUCUUGGAGAUUCGCUUUCCAAUCAUGUCCAGUGAAGGGCAUGGUGGACUGCUGAACCAACCUGUGGAGCAGCGCCUGCCAGAAGUUCCUGUAGCGAAACUUCACCCAGCCAGCGGGCAGCGAUUUUGGUGGGCCACUUUUGCCAAUGCACUUCAUGCCCCGUGGUGGAGCAAGCUGACUGCGGCAGAUACAAAGCGGCCAGAGCUGAUUAAGCAGCGGUGUGAAGGGGAGAUCCAGGCUGACAAGGAGCGGUAUGGAUUUUCUCAGUUUCUUUUGGAUGCUAACAAUGCGGCUCCAACCUGCUACUACGAGGCUGCAUCGCAAAAUCUUGGUGGCCAUCAGUAUAUGCACAACCCGGACGUGUUUGGGUACCUGCAAUUCGCAGAAGCGCCGAAAAUGGAAAGCUGUCGAAAUGUCUUCUGGCUCUCGCGCUUUGUUCUGGCGCAGCUUUACCAAGCAGAGGUGCAGUAUUUGAUCCACCCUGACUUUGGCAAUGGAGCUUUCACCUCCAACUUCGCAGAACUGCUGAAUCCUCGGAUUUGCAGCAUCUCCAACGCUUGCAACGCGUCAGCCUUGCAGCAAGCCUUUGAGUAUGUGGAUUUGGCCAUUCAUGCGCGCGAUGAAGCAAGGUCAGGCAAUUGCGUACGCUACGCUAUUCCGAAUGUUCAGAAUUCCAGCUGGACGGGCGGUCCCUGCUUCGACGCCCACGUGAGCUAUACCAUUCAGCGUAGAGGCGAUCCUAUGAAGAGGAGGCUGAUAAGGGGCUCUAUCAACGAGGCACGAUUGAUGUCCUCGCCAGAUGUGGGGCAGAGGUGGAACGAUCCGGAGGCUGAUUGGAGCCUCGCCGCAAGACUUCUCUUGCGCUGAUCGGACCAGCUUCCAUAGCUCUGCUUGGAUGAGGUUGAGGUCUUGCCUGCUGGUACCUACAUUUGAAGACAUGGGACACUUGUAGUCUCUUUAGUAGCCACAGGUAGCGUUUGGUUCCUGGUCGAGCCCAAAGCAUCUGGCUCGACACAAGAGGGCGACCAGAAAGCGAGCAUUAUCUGGCAUAAUCCGGGUCUUGCGGUCCAUCCCGG